AUGGUCAACUCCUGUUGUGGUUCUGUGUGCUCUGAGCAGGAGACCUGCUGCCGACCCAGCUGCUGCCAGGCCUCCUGCUGCCGCCCCAGCUGCUGCCAGGCCUCCUGCUGCCGCCCCAGCUGCUGCCAGGCCUCCUGCUGCCGCCCCAGCUGCUGCCAGGCCUCCUGCUGCCGCCCCAGCUGCUGCAUCUCCAGCUGCUGCAAGCCCCAGUGCUGCCAGCCUUCAUGUUGCAGACCCACCUGCUGUCGUCCCAGCUGCUGCAUCUCCAGCUGCUGCCCUAGCCCCUGCUGCAGACCGCAAUGUUGCCAGUCUGUGUGCUGCCAGCCCACUUGUUGCCGCCCCAGCUGCUGCAUCUCGAGCUGCUGCCGCCCUAGUUGCUGCAGGCCCCAAUGUUGCCAAACUCAAUGCUGCCGCCCCAGCUGCUGCAUCUCUAGCUGUUGCCAGCCCACUUGUUGCAGACCCAGCUGCUGCAUCUCCAGCUGCUGCCAGCCCACUUGUUGCAGACCCAGCUGCUGCAUCUCCAGCUGCUGCCGCCCCAGCUGCUGCAUCUCUAGCUGUUGCCAGCCCCAGUGUUGCCAGCCCACUUGUUGCAGACCCACCUGCUGCACCUCCAGCUGCUGCAAGCCCCCAUGCUGCCAGCCCACUUGCUGCAGACCCACCUGCUGCCCUAGCUCUACUUGCUGCCAGCCCACUUGCUGUCUCCAGACCACCUGCUGCAGAACCCAGUGCUGCCGCCCCAGCUGCACUGUGUCCACCUGCUGCUGCCCUAGCUGCUCCAGUGCUUCUUGUUGCUAA